AUGGCCGGCAAGGAGGACGCGCCGUUGGAGGCGCUACGCAUGCUGCGUGCGCACCUGAUCGCUGGCAAACCCGUAGAGGUGGAAGGAGAAGACCUGGUUUUCCGCGAUGCGUCUGGCUCAGAACUACGACGACUGCCGAAGCACACGCCUACGGCCUACCACUCAAAGAAACUGGACAAGAGCUACGACCUAUUGGCCGUGCACACAUGCUUCAAGCACGCAGACUUGUCCUUCAGUGACUAUGUACUCAAAUGCCGUGAGGACAAGGCGGCCAUGGUGUCCACUGUGGACAAGAAAGAGCUUGUGGCCUUCCUCAAGGGAGACAUCGACAGUAGUCCCCAGAUUCUGGAUGCUAGUGGAAAACCCACGGCCGCUUCGGGCGAGAAGGACAGGAAGCCCACGACAAAGAAGACUAGAGAGCCCGAGGAUGACGCACGAGCCGCUAAGAAGCGGAAAUUGGCUCAGGAGAAGGAAAAUCAUCGUCAUAAGCACGGAGAGAGCCAUAAAACCCCGCAGGAGGUGAAACAAGACGAGCAAAUGAAGAGGAUAACAGACAGAGAGUACGUCAAUAGGACGCGCACUACAGUGCUGGACGCACACAAGACCAAAUUCGAUAAUGUGGUCAAGACGCUGGAGCUCGUGAAUGCAGAGACCAAGGAGAAGAUCGAGAAGGCCAGCAAAGCCUCAGCUCUGCUGGCUACCACCACGGCCAGAAAGGAGCAACUUCCACUGCACAGACUGGUGAAGGAGAAGAUCCUGGGCACUCCGAUCAUUGUGGUGCCUGCUGGGUUCUCGGAUCUGUUCACUAUGUUGAAUGCCAAGGACUUUUUGGAGGACGGAGUGUAUGUGUCCAACAUGCAGAAGAAGUCGGAGGGACAUCGCAAACAGCAGUCGAUGAUGAUCACGCAUGAGGAAGACGGACACGUGUACACGUUCAAGAUCGUGGACACGGUCAACCGGUUCAGAGACAAGGACUGGCGCUCGGUUGUUGGUGUUAUUGUGUCGGGUCAGUCGUGGCAGUUCAAGGGCUGGAAGUGGAAAUUUCCGCUCGAGGUGUUCAAGAAAGUGUGUGGAGUUCACAUCUACAACCAGGGAUCCCAGCUCAACCCUGAAAUUAAGCAGUGGGAUGUCAAGGUGUUAAUGAUCCACCCGGACAAGCGGCAUUUGGACAAGGUGGCAGCCAAAGAGUUCUGGCGCUACUUGUUCGCUUUCAUCAAGCACAAGCUGCAGUAA